UCCUUUCCCUUUCAUAUCUGUAAAACCUUUCCUCCUCCGUCCUAGAGAGAGAAACUGCAGAAUUUGGCGAGGAGAGAAGACGAUAUACAUACACAACUUUAACAACAAUAGCUUCGACAAUUUUACACAAACUGGAGCUCAGAACGCUUUAAUAUAUAUCAAUCACGCACAGAAUCGUAACCCUAAUUAGCGAAAUCGUUAGACCGAGGUAUGAACAAUUAUUAAAUAUCUAACAUGACACGGGAGCAUGUAUUUCAACCCUAACCUUAAACUUUUUUUCUCAUUGGGAACUGUUAGUCCUCUUCUAUGUUCUACUAGUAACUAUUACAACUUGCCAGCCAUAAAGUAUCUUCAACUUUCCUUCAUCAUAAUUAGUAAAUGGAGCUUAAAGCUUCAGAUCAAGAACCAGCUCACUUACCUUCCAUAUCUGAAAGCAAUCCCGAUGAGAAAGAAAUCAGUGAUGAUGACGAUGACGAUCGCAACCAUAAACACCGUAGAAGAGACGAUGCAAGAUCUCAAUCACAAGAAAGAGAAGCUGCUGAACAAGUAUAUGCUAAACCAUAUAAACGGGGAAACAGAUCUUUCGAAAACGGCCAUAUUUACAAGGAAUCUGGCUCUCAGUCCAGUGAACCAUGGAAAAACAACAGAAGACAUUCGGAUUUGAACCAAAGGAUUAGGGGGGACUUUGGUUCAAUCAGGGGUAGAGGUGUUUGGAACCAACAUGAUAUUGCUUCUCAGAUGGGUCCCGGUCCUGGUAUGUUUGGUGGGCGCGGUUUACCAACUGUUUCGAAUGCGUAUGGUCCAUCCUGGGGUGCGUUUGCGAUGGUUCCAGGGUUACCAAAUGGUGGUCUGGACCCGUUACAUCCUCUUGGUUUACAAGGAGCUUAUAGAUCUCUUAAUCCUUCUAUGAAUAUGGGUAUGGGACUUCCACGUCAGCGAUGUAGAGAUUUUGAGGAACAAGGUUUUUGUCUUAGAGGUGACAUGUGUCCGAUGGAGCAUGGUGUUAACCGUAUUGUUGUUGAAGAUGUUCAGAGCCUUUCACAGUUUAAUCUCCCGGUAUCACUUCAAAAUGCAAAUACGUCCGCAGUACCACCGGUACCUUUACCUGCUUCUGGUACCUCAACGAAUUCAUUCAAACCAUCACAUGGAAAAACUGGCAAACGUGGAGUGGGUUCUAGUGGGUCAGGUUUAAAUGAAGCAUUCAUUGGUUCAGCUGACGGUAUCGGUUCUGACUUUUAUGAUCCUGACCAGCCUCUAUGGGGCAAUAAUUCUCAAACAGCACCUGCAUUGCAAUCGACAAGUCAGUCUAACAUAAAGGAAAGUGGGUCUUUGUUGGAUCCGAUCCCAUCUGCAGAUCAUCGUGUUGGCCCACUUGAUGACUCUGAUGAACAUGUGGUCAAAAGUGAUCGGACCGCAACAGGAAGAGUUAACAUUAACAGUACAAAAGGCAAAACCGAAAUGCGAGGAAAUAUGGUUUCUAAAGCAAGUUCUUUAAUUGAAAAACAGGGGGCAUUAAAUAAUAAACAAGACAAUGCAAACUCAUCUCUGAAAAUGCAAAGUGGAAAUGAAAAAAUUGUGCGUAAGCCAUCUCAAAAGGCACAAUGUACGUUAUUUGUGAACGGUGUUCCACUACAACAGAACCGAAGGGAAACCCUAAUUUCACAUUUUCACAAGUUUGGUGAAGUGAUUGAUAUCCGUAUUCCUUUAAAUAGUGAACGAGCUUUUGUUCAGUUUUCCAAAAGAGAAGAAGCAGAAGCUGCUUUAACGGCACCUGAUGCUGUGAUGGGUAAUCGCUUUAUUAAACUAUUUUGGGCUAAUCGUGAUAACAUUCCAGUUAACGGAACAAUCAGUGGCUAUAACAUACCACCUGUGCCACCACGUGGCACGCCAGUUUCAUCUUCACAUAAUGACAUAAUUGCCCCUGCUUCUGAUCACCCAAAGCCCGUGGUUGCCAAAACUCCAAAACCACCUCCACCUUCACAAAAGAAGCUUGAGAAUUUAGAGGUUUUGAAGGAAGAGCUUCGCAAAAAACAAGAAAUGCUUGAUCAGAAGAGAAAUGACUUUCGCCGCAAGUUAGACAAACUUGCGAAACAGGCUACAGCUUCAAAAGGAGACGUAGAACCUGAACAGGUGGCGAAAAAACAGAAAGUAGGAAUUGUAGCUGAUUCUGUAAAAGCUGAAACCAUUUUAUCUUCACCGGGAGCUGAAGUGAUAGGUAAUGGUAAAAAAUCUAUGGAAUCUGCUGUGCCACAAAGAUCCAAAUCGACGGCUGUGGUUGUAGUACAAGAAGCACCAGCGUUGAAACCAUCACUACGCCCAUUGCCACAUGUUGGUCCGUCAGUUGCUACCAAUCGGUUCAAACUCGACAAUCGUCCCACUGCAUUUAAGAUAAUUUCAUCUCUGCCAGUUGAUCUUGCCAAUGUUGCAGUUUUGAAGGAACACUUUUCACAGUUCGGUGAUCUUUCUAAGGUGGAAUUAGAUGAUCUAGAGCCUGCCGAUAGCAAAAAUGACUCUGGAAACGUUAAAUAUUCAGCUUAUGUAUACUUCACAACCCGACAAUCAGCUGAAAAGGCAUUUUCAAAUGGUAAAUGUUUGAAUGGUCACAACUUACAGUUUUCAUGGUUAAAAUCUAGUAACCAUGGUAAAAAUGGUGAAACUCCAUCUACUCCUAAAGGAAAUUCAGAUGCUUCUGUUGAGCCUGUGGUUGAAAUCCCGAAAACCGAUUCUCAGAAAUCUGGAGAUGAAGAAGCUGAAAAGCUUGAACAGAAGGACGUUGAAAAAGAAUUAGUAUUGAUGGAAACAGAUGAAAGUAACAACGCGAGUUAAAUUGUUUUUUGUCGCUAGUAAACCUUGUUUUGAUUUGUUGAGGAUGGCUUAAUUGUCAGAGAUGUACAGCGAGACAAAUGUUGAAUACCCUAUGCCGGAGAAUCAUAAUCUUGACCGGUGGUUGCUGCAAGCUGCAGCAGUGUAGAAGCCACUUGGAUUUCAGCGGCUCGGCUAUACUUUUUGUUGUUGAAACUGGGACAUUUUUUUGUAAUUGUUUUGUACUUGGAACCUUUUAGAGUCUUAUUUUGUUCUUUUAUUGAUUAAAAAACCUUGGUUAGCCCCUUAUUUGUCA